ACUGGCCGCGAAUAUUACCAACAGCUGUGAAAUAGGGCAAACACCAGAGUCGGCUCGGCUAUAAGGAAACGCCGAAACGGACCUGGGACAGAAACUGCGGUCUCUCUCUCUCUCUCUCUCUCUCUCCAGUUGCAGAGAGCAACAUACUACUAGAUUCGAAUCUCCCAAGUCCCUGGACAGUUCCGUGCAUCAAAUGAUGGCAAAACCUCCGACGGCGUCCUCAUCUUCAGCGAAGAAGAAAAGACAAAAGAAAGGGAAAGGAGGAAAACCAGAAAAAAUCCCUGAAGCUUCUCGGAUUCGAAUAUCCCAAAUCCUCGCACAGUUCCGUGCAUCAGACGAUGUUGUGUACUCUUUCGAAGCCAACCUUUCAAAUCCGGAACGUGCUGCGGUGCACCUUUUAUGCCUGAAAAUGGGUAUGAAGUCUAAAAGUACGGGGCUUGGGAAUCAGCGGAGAGUUACUGUUUACAAAACUAAAGGGAAAGCAGACACAGGCCAGGGGAAGGAAAAUCUCACUCCUUUCGCAUUUUCAAAAGAGGCAAAAGAGGUUUUACAGGACUUAUUUACUCAAUACCCUCCGGAUGAUCGAGAUUUGGGCGAGGAAAUUGGGGGGAAACAUAGUGAAACAGCCAAAAGAGUACGAGAAAACACAGAUGACUUUUUUUGCAAACCAUCAAUGGACAAAGCCGAAAUUGCAAAAAGGCUGAAAUCGCUUGCUUCAAGGGUAGAAAACUCCCCAGACUUGAGACAGAUUAGUGAAAAGAGGGCUAAGCUUCCAAUUGCGUCUUUCAAAGAUGUGAUUACAUCAACUGUAGAAUCAAAUCAGGUAGUACUUAUAUCUGGUGAGACUGGAUGCGGAAAAACCACACAGGUUCCACAGUUUCUCUGGGAUGAUAUGUGGGGAAAAGGCGAGUCUUGUAAAAUUGUCUGCACGCAACCACGACGGAUCUCAGCAACAUCAGUUGCUGAGAGAAUCUCCUGUGAAAGAGGCGAAAACAUUGGAGAUAGUGUGGGAUACAAGAUUCGUUUGGAGACAAAAGGUGGGAGGCACUCAUCUGUAAUCUUUUGCACUAAUGGGGUUCUGUUGAGGGUGCUGGUUUCUAAAGGCACUGGAAGGUUGAAAGCUGCAUCUCCAAAAGUACCAGAAAAGGAUGCUGUUUCUGACAUAACUCACAUUAUUGUGGAUGAAAUUCAUGAAAGGGACCGCUACUCAGAUUUCUUGUUAGCAAUUCUCAGAGACAUGCUUCCUUCAUAUCCUCGGCUGCGUCUGGUAUUAAUGAGUGCUACACUUGACGCUGAACGGUUUUCACAAUAUUUUGGUGGCUCCCCAAUCAUCCGAGUCCCUGGAUUCACUUAUCCUGUCCAAUCUUUCUACUUGGAGGAUGUUCUUACGCUUGUGAAAGGGGCAAAAAAAAAUCAUCUCAAUUGUACUUCAGAAGCUGCCACAGCUGAGCAGUUUGAGUUAACAGAGGAAUACAGAAUGGCUCUUGAUGAGGCUAUUAAUUUAGCAUGGUCAAAUGAUGAGUUUGAAACCCUCCUAGAUUUUCUUUCUUCCGAGGCAAACCCUAAACUUCUUAAUUACCAGCAUUCCUCAAGUGGGAUAACGCCUUUAAUGGUGUUUGCGGGAAAGGGCAGAGUGGGAGAUGUUUGCAUGCUCCUGUCUUUUGGUGCAGACUGCCAUUUAAGAGCGAGUGAUGGAUCUACUGCCCUAGAUUUGGCUGAAAGGGAGAAUCAGGGAGAGACAGCUGCUUUUAUUAAAACCCACAUGGGAAAAGCACCCUCCAACUCUGGCGAAGAACAAGAAUUACUGGAUAAAUAUCUAUCCACUGUCAAUCCUGAGCAUGUUGAUGUUGUCCUUAUAGAGCAGUUAUUGAGGAAGAUUUGUAUCGAUUCAACGGAUGGUGCUAUCCUUGUUUUCCUUCCUGGGUGGGAGGACAUGAAUAAAACGAGGGAGAGAUUAAGUGCUAGUUCCUUUUUCAGCGACUCUUCCAAGUAUGUGAUCAUAUCUCUUCACUCCAUGGUCCCACCUGUAGAGCAAAGGAAGGUUUUCAGAAAGCCUCCUCCGGGAUGCCGAAAAAUUGUUCUUUCAACUAACAUUGCUGAGAGUUCUAUCACUAUCGAUGAUGUUGUUUAUGUUAUAGACAGUGGGCGGAUGAAAGAAAAAAGUUACGAUCCUUACCAAAAUGUAUCUACUCUUCAGUCGUCUUGGGUUUCAAAAGCAAGUGCAAAGCAACGUGAGGGACGUGCUGGACGCUGCCAGCCUGGAAUCUGUUAUCACCUUUAUUCGAAACUUCGAGCUGCUUCGUUGCCUGAUUUCCAAGUACCUGAAAUUAGGAGGAUCCCAAUUGAGGAACUUUGUUUGCAGGCGAAGCUCCUCAAUCCAAGUAUCAAAAUAGAGGAUUUUCUGUGCAAAACAUUGGACCCUCCAGUUUUUGAAACUAUACGUAAUGCAAUUAUAGUACUUCAAGAUAUAGGGGCCUUGUCAGUUGAUGAAACACUGACCGACCUUGGGAAGAAGCUUGGUUGUCUACCGGUUCAUCCAGUAACUAGCAAGAUGAUUUUCUUUGCCAUAUUAUUGAACUGCCUUGAUCCAGCCUUAACUUUGGCCUGUGCCUCCGACUAUAGAGACCCAUUCACCAUUCCCAUGUUCCCAAAUGAAAAAAAGAAAGCUGCAGCUGCUAGAUCUGAGCUGGCUUCAUUGUUUGGUGGAAAUAGCGACCAACUAGCAGUAGUAGCUGCAUUUGAGUGCUGGAGGAAUGCCAAGAGUAAAGGCCAAGAAUCACGGUUUUGCUCCGAGUACUUUGUGUCCUCAAGCACUAUGUACAUGCUGUUUGGAAUGCGUAAACAACUUCAAGCUGAAUUACAACGCCAAGGGUUCCUUCCCAAAGAUUUAUCAAGUUGUAACAUAAAUUCACGCGAUCCAGGUAUACUCUACGCAGUUCUCGUUUCUGGUCUCUAUCCAAUGGUGGGGAGAUUGCUUCCACCUCGGCAAAAUGGUCAACGGCCUGUUGUAGAGACUGCUGCUGGUGACAAAGUACGGUUGCAUCCUAAAUCCUCUAACUUCAAAGUAUCAAGUAAGAAAUCUAGUGAUCGCCCUUUGAUUAUAUAUGACGAGAUAACACGUGGGGAUGGAGGUUUACACAUUUUUAACUCCACUGUUAUUGGACCACUCCCGCUGUUAUUGUUGGCAACUGAGAUUGUAGUGGCUCCUGUUAAUGAUAUCGAUGAAGAUGCCGGUGAGAGUGAUUUCGAAGAUGAUGAAGAAGAUGAAAGCGAUGAAGAUAAAACGGAAGUGCAUAAUAAAUCAGGUGCACAACGUGGAGAUAAGAUUAUGUCUUCUCCUGAUAAUGCAGUAAAGGUGGUUGUUGACCGGUGGCUUUCUUUCAAGUCAACUGCCCUUGAUGUUGCUCAAGUAUACUGCCUCAGAGAAAGGAUUUCUGCAGCGAUCCUUUACAAAGUUACAUAUCCGUGGAAAGUUCCUCCUCAACUUCUUGGAGCCUCUAUGCAUGCGACAGCCCAGAUCCUAUCUCGUGACGGCCUGUCAGGGAUCUCAUUGAAAGCAGAACGUGUGGACCCACUGAAUUCAAUGUCGAAUGCUACUGCAAUUGACCAAUCAACACCUGGGAGGUGGAAAACGUUGGGUCAGAGUUCAAAUGGUUAUCUUAGAUCUCUUAUUUACAGCCAAACACACCAGGACUCCCCUAAUCAUCAGAAAUCUGUGCAAGUUGCUUCAGGAUUCGUAAAUCCAAAUCAGAGGUCUGCACCGACAAUUGCUCCUAGGUUACGUAAGCUGAAGAAUGGUAAUUGGUCUCGAUAAUGGUCGUAUUUAUAAGGGACUAUUUACGGAACGGCAAUUUAUAGAUGUCGGUCCUGAUUAGAUGGGAGAUGGGCCUUGUCAUUGAAAAAGUCAGCUGUGGUAAAGGGCAUCUCCAUUCUAGGUUUUCCCUAUUGAAAUAGAGGGUAAGCAGAGAAGACGGGGAUAUAUUGCUUUCUGCUUAGCAUAUGUAUCUGUUUGAUUGGCCAAUGGAUACAUGGCAUGAGUUCAUAUGCAUGCACGUGUUCAAUAUGUUUUGGAUCUAGAUACACAAGUACAUGCUUGUAUUUGUAUAUCUCUACCAUAUGAAGUUUCAAAGUACACGAGUCCACUUAUAUUCAUAUUUAAGUCGAUUCUGUGGUUCGACUUUGCUAGCCAUUUCUGCUGCAAAGGGUAGUAAUUCUUUGCUUAAGGAGGUUAUUCAAAUUCCAAAUGCAGAUGGUCUGUUUUUAAGUUUGAAA